CGACAACCGCCAACAUCAGCCAUCCUCUUCCAUCCUCUCCAUCGCAACGCCUGUCUCUCCUCUCUGUGCGCCCGCUCUCUGCAAUCGCCAGUUCCACCGCUUUCGCAUCCCACUCGUUCAAACUCCCUGUACAGAGUAUAUACAUACAACCUCCGGCGCUCCCGCUCAUUUCAAAACUUUGUUUCUUCUAUUCCCCAACCUCUCGACAUCGUUGGCCAUUUCAAAGGAACAACAAACGCCGCUACUGCGAGCUGGCUAUGGCUCGAUAAUGUUCCUGUUCACCCUGGCUCGUCCGUGUCCUAUGGCUAAAAGUGUUGUUCACCAUUGAAAGUGUCCGAACGACUCCGAUUUCCCGACUUUCGUCCUAUCGUAGCUUCUUUCGCGUUUCAACAAGAUUAAUUUCCACCACAUACCCUCCCCGAUAUCCACUCCCGUCGCUGUGCCCUCAAAUCCCUCUUUUCUCUUUUUCUUUCUUUUCUGCAGCUAAAUCCCUGUAUCUGCUCACACGACGUAUUUCCAUGCCGGGCUGGUUGGAUUCUUGGAUUCCGCUGUAUUUGCUUCGUUCGCGAGUGAGAGCCAGGAGCCGAGAGCCGUCAGUUGUCUGCCUUCGCUGUAUAUAGCGUGAAUAGCAGCUCAUCCUGAUCGCUGAAUGCACAAUUCACCAUGUCGGUGCCUACCGAAACACCUACCAGUACCCCCAGCUCGGGCUCCGGGGGUAACAGCCAGCCACUUCUAUUCUUCGUCGCGUUGGGAUUUGGCGUUGUCUUCACUAAUCUUUGGAUCAUCGUUGGUGUGAAAUAUUGUUUCCGCUACAAUCAGCGCCACAGACAACUACGAACAGAAGAAACAGGCGAUCCAAUUGACCUCAUUGCUGUCCCAAGGACCCACAGACGAAGGAGAGAAAAGAAACUCAUGACCAUGGAUGAGGUCAACAACCGGUUCCCGCUUACAAAAUACAAAUCCUGGCGUGCUUCUCGGGCUGACGAGGGACUCCCCACCGCUGGAGGAAUAGAACCACCACCUGGAAGCAGGCCUGCGAGCUUGAAACAUGCUUCUGGGGCUCUCCCCGAUAUAGCUGAUGGCCAGACAAUUGACGGCCACGCUGAACCCUCAGGUGCUAUCCACGAUGAACGUAAAACCCUGCCGAACAGUGAUCAGUCAGAAAAGGAGACGCAAAUGAUUUCGGAAAGUCAUCCGUCCGGGGUCCAGCAAAAGGAAUAUUCACCAGCACCCGCUUCAGACGUGGACAAGAACCAUCUGGAUGGGGAUGACGAUCACGACGAUCCAAUCCAUGCAGCUGUGCCCGCGGAGCUACUUGCAAAUCCUGGAGAUUCCUGCGCCAUCUGCCUGGAUGGCAUCGAGGAUGAUGACGAUGUUCGUGGUUUAACAUGUGGCCACGCUUUCCACGCUUCUUGCCUUGACCCUUGGUUGACUAGCCGUCGAGCAUGCUGCCCGCUCUGCAAGGCGGAUUACUAUGUUCCUAAACCUCGUCCUGAUGGCUCCGAUGGCAACCAGGAAAGUGGCCGGAGGAACGCCGAUCGGGCUAACGGCCCGACAGAGCCGGAGCCGGUAUAUGUUGCCGGCCGUCUACACCCAUUUUCAACCCGAAUGGUGCUUCCAGGGCGAUUCAUCACUAUUGCUCCAUCGGACAGUCGGAACGGAUAUUCUCGUGGGCCGCGAGAUUCCAGAGCUAACCGAGAGCAAACGGCUCGUAGGGAUUCUCCGAGUGUUGCUACGAAUCAGGACUCUCCGAGAACAGCGUGGAGACCGAGACUACCGUCCUUGGCUAUGCCUCGCAUUAACCUACCGUCGUUGAACAGAUCACGGCCGGGUCCGGAUCACAAUCGCCAGGACACCGAAACCACUCCUGGUCAACUUGAAUCUGGCACACGACGAUAAUCCUUCCAAAUCGGACCCUUGCUCGGUUCCAGGAAAUCUCCUCUAUAAUCAAAAUAUAACUGAUGGGCUACUUGCCCUCAUCGUCGCAGAGUUUCGAGGUUGCUCCACGCGUCGACCGCCAUGUCUCCUCGUUUCUGUUGUACCAUACCGCACGCCAGCGGCCGAAUUUUCUCUUCCCCGCUUUCCUUUCUACCGUUACAUGCCUCUUCACGAAACACAUUUACGAUUGACUAGUUCAUAUUAUUUUCCUCGACUGGGCAGGUUGGGUCUUAUGAUUUAGGAUAUUGCAUUUUCUACUAUUGUCCUUAGCGUUGUUUCUUGCGUAUGCUCUUUUUCACCUAUUUGCUUGGAGUUUUAUUUUUUUUUCCGGUACAUUUAUUGGGCUUGCGACUGAUAGGAGGCCCAUUGGGCCCUGGCAUAUCGUGGAAUUUCUCGUUCAUCUAUCAAUGCGAGACCGUUCACUCCGUUGGACCUCCGUGAUCCACGGUCUCUCCCAUCCUCCCCCGCUCCGAGCAUCUAUAGCUUUUCAGUCAUCACAUCCUGACGUGUACACAAGUUGUGCAUCGUUUGCUGGUUCUAUUAAU